UGCAAGUGACGUUUGUGGCGCCAGAAAUCAAGGAGGAGCUAAGCGCGAUUUGAAAACGAUGUUCAAUGUACUCGGCUUAUUAAAAUAUUGACAAAAUUAUUUGUGAGUGAGUUUGAGUCUGAAUGAUUUUAGAGUCUUUUAAGGCAUAUUAAGGAUGGUGAUGCUGCGCAGUAACGGCGAUAUGGACUCGAGCACGGAGUUUCUGUCGUUGAACCCGCCUCAGCGAAAGUCCGCGCGACUUAAAAAGGCCCAUGAUGACAGUUUAACGAGUGUCGACGACAGCCCGGUGAACGGAUUUUUGUCAAUAAAAGAGGAAAACGGCAUGAGGAGCAGAGCUCAGAAAGGAAGACAUGCUGUCACCUUCGCUGAUGUGAAUGGACAAACCAGCAAAUCCCCUUCUAAAGAUGAGAAAAACGAAAGACAUUUAAGGAAAUCGCCAAGAUUACAGGCAGAUGGAGAGAGAUCUGCAGAUGAACACACAGAUGAGGCCGAAUCUACUCCUGUUUCUUGGAACCUGCGUGCUCGAAUUCAGAGGCGAGAAGAGGACAGUUCUGUGAGACGCAGCUCCAGAAUUACAAGAUACAAACUUAAUGCCAGGAACCAGUCGGUCCUUUAUGACAGGCUCAUUACAAACACCGCAGAGGCUGUGCUUCAGAAGAUGGAUGACAUGCAGAAAAUGCGUCGGAGAUUGGAGAGCAGAGGCAGUGAAGAUGAGAAUCUUAGAAUUUACUCUGGAACCAAAAGGAAGAGAAUCGCGAAAUCUUCAGAGAAUACACAAGAGGAAAGUUCUGACAACCAAGAGAAUGAAUAUAGUGAUCACGAGGAGGAGGACGGAGAAGGGGAGGGUGAGGAAGAAGAAAAUGAUGAGGAAGAUGACGAAGAGGAAGACGAAGAUGAGGAAGACAAUGGAAAACGUUACGAGUUCAGGCAAAGAAAAGCUGUUGUGCGCUACCAGGCACCCCUUGAUGAGCCGAAAAAGCAGAGUAUAUUUUUUAAGCGUCACUCCACCCCAAUGAGAAGAAGAUAUUCCUUCAGUUCUGCAGGUCCCCGGGGCAUGUACAACAACAGGAGGAGCACCAGGAGAAGACAUGCCAUUCACAGUAGUGACUCCACAUCCUCCUCUUCCUCUGAUGAAGACAAAUUUGAGAGACGGAGAAGCAAGAGUCGUAACAGGUCAAUAAACAGAUGCCUCCCCAUGAAUUUACGCAAGGAGGACUUGUUGGGAGUCCACAAGGACAGGGUCAAAAUUGGAGCGAGUCUUGCAGAUGUGGAUCCGAUGCAGAUUGACCAAACGGUGCGCUUUGAUAGCAUCGGAGGUUUGGGCAAACACAUCUCUGCACUAAAAGAGAUGCUCGUUUUUCCUUUGCUUUACCCUGAAGUUUUUGAGAAGUUUAAGAUUCAACCUCCAAGGGGCUGCCUGUUCUAUGGCCCUCCUGGCACAGGGAAGACUCUGGUUGCUCGAGCCCUGGCAAAUGAGUGCAGUCAGGGCGAGAGAAAGGUAGCGUUCUUUAUGAGGAAAGGAGCGGACUGCCUCAGCAAAUGGGUGGGUGAGUCUGAGAGACAGCUCCGCCUCCUGUUUGACCAGGCAUACCAAAUGCGUCCAUCAAUUAUUUUCUUUGAUGAAAUUGAUGGGAUCGCACCUGUUCGGUCCAGCCGACAAGACCAGAUACACAGUUCCAUUGUGUCCACUUUGCUGGCUCUAAUGGAUGGUUUGGAUAGUCGUGGUGAGGUGGUUGUUAUCGGAGCUACUAACCGUCUGGACUCCAUAGAUCCUGCUCUUAGACGACCUGGGCGAUUUGACAGAGAAUUCCUGUUCAGCUUACCUGACAGAGAGGUUCGCAAAGAUAUUUUGAAGAUCCAUACGAGGCAGUGGGACCCACCUUUGUCUGAUGCAUUCCUUGAAGAGUUGGCUGACAAAUGUGUCGGUUACUGCGGUGCAGACAUCAAAGCAGUGUGUGCAGAAGCAGCUCUGUGCGCACUGCGCAGACGCUACCCCCAGAUCUACACCACCUCCCAGAAACUCCUGCUGGAUGUGGAGUCCAUCAGUGUCGGUGGGCGGGACUUCCUCUCGGCCAUGAGGAAAAUAGUUCCGGCUUCCCAAAGAGCAGUGGCCUCUCCAGCUAAAGCUCUUACACCCGUAAUCGAACCUCUGCUGAGCUCCACCGUCAGUAAAGCCAUGGAGAUGCUGCAGAGACUCUUUCCUCAUGCAGUGCAGAGUCUCAAGAAGAACAGAGACUCUGAGGGUGUGCCUGGCGUCUUAGAUGAUCUACUACAGAGUGAAGACGAGGGUUCUUCUAUAUGCACUACCAAUAAAGGCCAGAAGAGCACUGGACCUGCAGCGCCUAUCCUCCAUCUGAGCAGGAGCGCUCAGCAACAUCCCAUCUCAUUCCGACCAAGACUGCUGCUCUGUGGAACUCCCGGCUCGGGUCAGACCUCACACUUGGCUCCUGCUGUUCUUCAUGCUCUUGAGAAGUUCACAGUGUAUACACUUGACAUUGCUGUUCUGUACGGGGUCAGUUCCGCCACCCCAGAGGAGGCUUGUGCGCAGGUUUUCUGUGAGGCAAGGAGAACGGCCCCCAGCAUUCUGUAUAUUCCUCACAUCCAGCGAUGGUGGGACACUGUGAGCUCUACUUUAAAGGCCACAUUCAUCAGUCUCCUGCAGAACAUUCCUUCAUUCUCCCCUUGCCUCCUCCUUGCCACAUGCAACUAUCCUUACGAGACACUUUAUCCUGAGGUGCAGGACCUCUUUCAUGUUGAGUAUGGGGAGGUAUUCAACGUUCCACUGCCUUCUAGAGCAGAGAGGUUACGAUUCUUUGAGGAUCUUAUUUUAAAUCAAGCUGCCAAAGCACCUGUGUCUAAGAGAGAAGCAGUGCUCCAGGCGCUGGAGGUGCUACCAGUAGCCCCUCCACCUCCGCCCCGUCUGCUGUCUGAGCAGGAGCAGCAGAAGCUAGAGGAACAGGAAGAGGACACGCUCAGGGAACUCCGACUCUUCCUGCGGGAUGUCACUAACCGACUGGCACAGGACAAACGCUUCAAGGCAUUCACCAGGCCUGUGGACACAGAGGAGGUUCCUGAUUACACUACAGUCAUCAAACAGCCCAUGGACCUGUCUACGCUGAUGUCCAAAAUAGACCUGCACAAAUAUGAAACCGUGGCAGCUUACCUACAUGAUGUGGAUCUGAUCUGGAAAAAUGCCCUUGAGUACAACCCAGACAAAGACCCCUCAGAUCGGCUCAUCAGACAUCGUGCCUGCGCUCUUAAGGACAGUGUGCAUGCCAUAAUCAGAGAUGAGUUAGAUGAAGACUUUGAGAGGAUCUGCACUGAAAUCAAGGAGUCACGCAUCAAACGAGGCCACACUUCAUCGAGGUUCACUCCUGCCUACUAUCACGUGCUGCCAAAGGUCUCUGCUACAGUGGAGCAGACAACAAGUGAUCCAGCACCUAGCAAAGAUGCUGCACCUGUGGCAACUCCAGCAGCGAUGACAACACGCCAGUCAGGAAGUAAUUCAGCUGCACAAAAGAAAAAGAAGAGGAAAAACACAUGGAGAAAUGGCUUCAUCCGCAGAAAAAAGACAUCCUCACAUUUGAACUCCAAAGACAACCCCAACACAGCUGAAUCAGGUGACGAAGAGGAGGAUGAGGAGGAAGAGGAUGAUGGAAAACAAGCUGAGACUGAAGAUGCAGAGAAUAUGAAGGACACUGAAUGUGAGUUGAUGGAGGUUGAUGGCUGUGCUCGUGCAGAAGGCCCAGCAGAAUCCACUUCAAACGCUGAAGUGGAGAAUACUCUCAACACUAAUGUGGAAACACAAGAUGAUAAUGCCUCCACUGCAGUGGACAGAGUCGUGAAUGGAGAGACUCUCCAGAAUGCUGAUGCCACAGUCGGACAGAAUGAAGUCCAUCCAGCAGAGAAUACCAGGACGAAGAGGACAGAGCUGACUUCAGAGGACAACACAGGAACAGAGUUUAGACCGAGGCGGAUGACGAGAGGUUUUAAGGUCCAGGCCGAACAGCAGAGUCUCAUCAGUGUCGAUGCUGCCAUGAAGAUCUUGGAGCAGAAAAAUUAGCCACUUGUUGUAGAUCACAACAAACUGAAAGAACUGCUGCAGAAAGUUGUGGACAUGACAGAAGGGUAUGAGGUUAAUCGUCUGGAGAAACUAUAUGCUCUGUUGUGUCAGAGCAUUUACAGACACAGAAAAGAUUAUGACAAAACUGCACUUAUCCUGGAGAUGUCAAAAGAAGUCGAAGAGUUUUCCUAGUUUGCUUAUUUGUUACAUAAACUAUGCAUUAUAUUUCUUAUAAGAACGUGUUUAUAAAUUAUAUUUGCUAAUUUCCUAGAUAUGUCUGAGUGCUGUGCAUAAUAAAUGCAUUAAAAAGUCUU